AUUGCCAUAUUGAAAUUUCCUUCAUACGGCUCUGUUAACCAAAACAAAACUGUGUUUGACCAGCAAUUUUUUUUUGCUAAAUUUAGCAUUUGCUAUUAAUUAAAGUUCAAAAGGAUUCCGAUGACCGCUCGUUAUAAAGCCCCGUAUCCAGCUUAUGUGUUACGUAAAGUAAAACAACUAAUUGCGCCCAAAGAGGAUGCUAUAUAUAUGAUAAAUCGUAAUCCUCGUAAUCUGGAAAGAUUGCGCAUUGGGUACAAGCCGGACGGUUUUCACUUGGAAAAGCCUGGACGUUCGUUUUGGCAUAAACUAGAAGUUAACGUAAGUGGUCGUUCAGUGACAGCCGAGGUGAAGCACUUCCAGAAUGGUGCGGUUAUUACGGCGAGCACUUCAGAAUGGGCUAUCCAAAAGCAAUUAUUUAAGACUAAAGAUACAUCAGCGUUUAUUAACUUAGCUCGGGUCCUAGCAAUGCGUUGUCAGCAAUCGGGCAUAACAGAAAUGUCGUGCAAUGUUGAAGCGGUACCAAAUAGCAAAGUGGAUAAAUUCCUUAAAACCAUCCAACAGGAGGGAAUAAACUUAAAAGAACUACCCCGCUACAAGUUAUCAAAGCCUUGGGAUGUCGAUAGGCCUGAUAAACCUUGGGAAAUAUUAGAAGAACAUAUUUCAAAAGCAAAAUCUACGCCUAAUAAAAUCCUUCAAUAAGAAGAUAUGAAUGUUUAAUAAAUGUUAUAUUUUUAUUUCACGCCGCA